AUGUCGGUGUCUGAAUAUGCUGAGAAGUUUGAAGACAUGGCUGCCUAUUCUAGACAAGCAGCUUAUGCACCAGAUGAGUUGUGGAAGAUUGAUCAGUUUCUCAUGGGGCUGAAUGCUGAUAUUGUACACAGUGUGUCUCAAAGGGAGUUUACCACUUAUGCAGAAUGUCUGAGACAAUGCUAUGUUGCUGAGAACACAUUGAAGAGGGUCCAAGAGGAGAGAGAGCAGAACAGGCCGGUUUGCAGGGAUCACGGAAGGUCGGGACAGCAUUUGAAACCCCGUACUUCUCCAGCGGUGAAGAAACAGACCCAUGGUGGUAACUUAACUCAACCUCCUUGGUGUGGCAAGUGCAACAAGAAGCAUCAUGGGAAUUGUAGGCCGGAUUUUGGAAAUUGUUACAGGUUCCAUCAACCAGGGCAUUAUGCGAGGGAUUGUACUGCCCCAGAUGUUCCUGAGAAGACUAAAGGUCGUGUUUACACCUUGGAUGCGAAGAAGGCUCAAGGAAACCCCAACCUUGUUGCUGGUACGUGUUAUGUCAAUAAUCAACCCUUGUUUGUAUUAGUAGAUUGUGGAGCGAUACAUUCUUUUAUCUCUUAUCAUUGUGUGCGGAGGCUUGGUUUUGAAACAAGUUUUCUUCCAAAUCCUAUGGUUUUUUCUUCGCCUACUGAUGAUGUAGUAGAAGCUCGAGACGUUUGUAAGGAGUGUUCUAUUACCUUCAAUGGUCACAGAUUUUUUAUUGACCUUAUCUGUCUGCCGCUUAAGAAGAUCGAUGUAGUGCUGGGAAUGGACUGGUUGUCAACUAACUCGGUGUACAUCGGUUGUAAAGAGAAGGCUAUCUUCAUCCCUACUGAGGAGACUACACCAACCGAUGCCAUUAAACAUCUUCUUGAAGGUACGGUUAACAUGAUCAAUUACCUUUUUGCUCAAGAGAAGUCUUUCCUUUUGGUUCUUACGUCUGACUCCAAGGACAAGAAGGGUGUAUUGGAGAUUCUGAUUAUUCGGGUUAAGAGUUCGGAUGUAUCUAAGACUGCUUUUAGGAUGAGAUACAGUCAUUAUGAGUUCUUGGUUAUGCCAUUCGGGGUAACCAAUGCUCUUGCUAUCUUUAUGGAUUACAUGAACCGGGUGUUUCAACCAUAUUUGGAUCAGUUUGUGGUAAUCUUCAUAGACGACAUCUUGAUCUACUCUCAGACUAUCGAAGAGCACAUGGAGCAUUUGACGAUUGUGUUGUCGGUUCUUCGAGAGAAGCAGUUGUUCGCAAAGUUUAUUAAGUGUGAGUUCUGGAUGUCCGAAGUUAAGUUUCUUGGACAUGUCAUAUCUGGCGGCGGCGUAGUUGUAGACCCUUCAAAGGUAGAAGCAGUGAUAAAUUGGGAUCGACCCAAGAAUGCAACUGAGAAACUCAAGGAGAAACUGACUACUGCUCCAGUGUUGGUGAUCCCAGAUCCAAACCGAUCUUACGAAGUGUUCUACGAUGCUUCUAAGAAAGUCUUGGGUGGAGUGUUGAUGCAAGAUGGACAGGUUGUAGCUUAUGCAUCUAGAUAG